AUGCAACCGCACACAACAACAACGCAACCGCCCACGACAACAACGCUACCACCAACAACAACGCUACCACCAACCACCACAACCGUUAGAACAACUACCACUACCAGGCGUCCCGUUGUUGAAUCAAACUUAGUCGAGGGAACAACUGGAGACAAUAACGGAGCUUCGUCGGGGAAAGGCAAAGGCAAGGGAAAAGGAAAAGGAAAGGGAAGGGGUAAGGACAAAGAUAGAGGCACAGAACCGCGCCCUCCACGUCCGUGUGUCGCAAGCGUCACCGAGCAUCGCCAUGGGGAACGAUGGGACGCUGGUCCGUGCACGAGGUGUAAAUGUAGUGAUGCAUCCAUCCGAUGUCUCACCAAGAGUUGCCCGCCGCACUUCUGCUACGGACCAAUCGAGAUAGAGGGCGAAUGCUGCCCCUUCUGUCCCUCAAAUGUGUUCGUUACCCAAGUUACACCAACAAUCAUGUCUAACAUCGGAGAACUAAGAUCGGGCCAACGUGUCUCACUCUCUCUCAUGGUGAAUGUUACCUUCAGAGAGUCCUGGGAUACUACCGGUGUUUCUGGCGAGGACUUAUGGAAGAUCUCGGUGUGGACAAGCCGCAGACCCGAAGGAACGAACCCCUCCAACAUGGUAGACCAGGCCCUCAACGACAAGCAGAGAGUUCAGAAGUACGUCUGGGGUCUUCCAUUCGCGUUUCAAGGUGUCAGUUAUCGGAUGAGAGUGAACAGCUGCCAGGAUGUCCGCUACGUCUGCAUCAAGUUCGGUCAGUCGGAAAACCCGCUAACGCAACACGGCUUUGGCUUCCACUUGCGAGCACGGCCCGAUGAGGGCGUGCUGGAAGUUUGUAAGCGCCUUCCAGAUUGCAGAAGAUAGUUUCUCUGGCAGCGCAAGUAAAUCCAAAGUAGUUAGAGACAAUUUUCAAAUACUAAUGUCGGGAAUUGUUUUUACGGAACUAAGAAGGCAAUUGUACCCGGAAAAAAACCCACCUCUGGAGACGGGUUCGCUAUUCUGUUAGCAUUAGCUUUGUAAUAUGAUUAUGGUGUGUUCUUCAAAACCCGUACCUGGAAAAGACAAGAAAAAUUUGGAAAUUAGUGGUAUUUGAACGGCUGUAUAAACGUGUAUGUUCAUUACUUGGCAGUUAUACACUCUCUUUCAAAACUUAUUGA